AGUAAAUUUGUUACUACGGGAGAGUCGGAAUGACGACGUCGGAAUUGCAUUUGCAGCCAUCCUUGAAGGCUUCCGACUUCGAUCACACUACUUUUUACUGUGAGGAAAACGUGUAUUUCCUUUGCAAGAAACUUUGUUCAUCCGGGAUAGCCGAUGCUCAAGGAUCUGAUAUUUUUGUCGUUUUCAUCUCCAAUGACAAUAAACAGAUUCCACUUUGGCAUCAAAAGGCUAGCAAUAGAGCAGAUGGUGUAAUUCUCUGGGAUUACCAUGUUAUUUGUGUUCAGAGGAAGAAAGAUGGUGAUACUCAUUUAGUAUGGGACUUGGAUUCAAGUCUUCCAUUUCCUUGUCCUUUAGCUACCUAUGUGUCUGAAACUUUCCGGCCAUCUUUUCAGCUGUUUUCAGAGUUUCAGAGGUUUUUUCGGGUAGUGCAUGCUCCUUUAUUCCUUCGUCACUUUGCAUCUGAUAGAAGACACAUGAAAGAUUCUGAAGGGAACUGGACUGCUCAACCUCCUCCAUAUGAACCCAUAGUUGCUGAAGAUGGAUCUGUGCACAAUAUGAACGAGUAUAUGGAGAUUAAUGCUGCUGAUGUGGUAAUAAAUCUACCACAGGAAUUGAAUAGUGAAGUUCUUGGUCAAAAGCAGGGGAUGGUAAUUGGUGAAGCACAGCUUGAGGAAUUAUUUUCUCGGAUUUCUUGAUAUGGUGGACACUUGUGCCUAAAACCUUAGAACUUGCAUCUUUCGAUGCAGAGCAUUGGAACACUUAAAACAGCUGCUGUGCAAAUUUGUUUCUGAUGCUGUUAUAUAUGUUGUUUGACACAAGCCUGCAAAAUUGAAGGAAAACAACAGAAUUAAAGCGA